UUUAGAGCUAGGAAAGAGAUACACAAUACAUUUACCCUCCAUCGACAAUGACGGUGAUGUAGUGCGUUGUCUCCGGGCUCGUUAUAUCGAGGCUUUAGGCUUUGGACGGCUUUUAAUCGAUUUAGAAACAAGGAAAUUCUUAGCUAUUGAUCGAAUGAAAUGUGUCAUGGAAAUUGAAGCAGACCCAGGAUAUUUCAAGGAAGGCGAUACGUUUGGAGUGCCAGUAACUGUGAAAGACUACAGCAAAACCAUCAUGUCAACGCAAAGCAAAACAUUUCUGCCGUACAUAAACGUCAUUGGAAGAGUAGUAACUUUAAUGUCUUUUAAAAUAACUGGGAAGACAGACCCACCUGAGUUUAUUCCACCGACUCCUAUGAACAACAUGCAGUAUAGGAUUUACGUGGGUGGGGAUUUUAAUGUAAAGGUGUAUGCAAAAGCCUCGAUUGGCAGAAAAGUGGCAAGAUUUGAUAUUCUAAGAGUAGAUGGGAAACUAGCUCACCAUAGUGGAAUCCAAAGCGCAACCCACAUCAGUCCUGCUGCAGCCUUCAUAUCAAUAAGAUGGUCUCCACAAAAGAAAGAUGUUGGACAUCACAUUAUAUGUGUAAAUGCUGAGGAUAAUCAAGGAAGAAGCACAGUAGAUAUGCAAUGCUUUCGGAUAGAGAUAAAAGAAAACAUAUUCAUACCAGGAUCUAAGCCAGCAGUGAUUGCAAAUCCAACGUUUGUGUCCUUUCCAGAGCCAAAUUACCUGACAUGCGAAAUGAAUACGUACUGCAUAUUUCCAGUUUUCGUCACCACAGCAGACGCUAAAGGAAUUACAAGUAUUAUAAGUACACGGGAGAGCGAGGAGAAUGUCACCAUUCAAUACGUUGGAGAGCCUAUCAAUGGAACGAUAAACAUUACAGGGGCACAAGUAGAAUUUCUCGCUUUGCAUGCUGGUCUUAGGAAAAUCUGUUUGAAAGCAUCAGACAGCAAUACUUUCACACAUAUGUGCCAAUUUGUUACUGUUAAACGACAUGAUCCAUGUGCAUCGAACCCUUGUCAACAUGGAGGUCGCUGUUUGUCUUUCGAUUGCAAUGUCAAAUUCGUCUGCUCUUGCAGUCAUCUUUUUACCGGAAGAUUUUGUGAAAAACGAAUAAAGGCAUGUGAUUCAAACCCAUGCUCAUCUAAUGCCAUCUGUAUCGAUAAUUAUUUUCAACAACCAUAUUUUAUAUGCCUGACUCAAAAUGACCAACAGAGCAGUACAACAGAUUCUCUUAUUGGAAGAAUUGUUGGGUAAUUUGGAUGAGGAUACAUGUUGGAAGAAGACUGAACGUUUAUAACUUUAUUAUGCGCUUUAUCUUUGCUUUGUUUAUGACUUUUACAUAAGCGAUUAUAAAUGCUUGUUUUUGUUUCUAAUAAACAUGAUCAUGCAAAAUAAUGUUCUAAUGACUCAAACAUUUUCAAUUGAAAAUUUAUAAAUAUCUUGAAAGGUCUCUUAGAAGGAAAGAGCAUAAAAUUGAUUUCAUCCCUUAACAAUGGCAAAUUAAAAAAAACAUUGAUUGAUAAUUGAUUUUCGUUCUAGCCAUUUUUAAAUGAUAUUCAGCGGUAUAUCUCCUCAAUAAAAAUGUGGCGAUAAGAAAUGGAGUUGGAAAGA